CAAACGAUAAAUACAAACGCCCAACCAAUUUCUGAUAAUCAUUCACACUACCUCCACUUCAUCAAAUGGCACCUAAACCAGUCUCGACCGCCUCAAAGGCCCCUGCUUCCACUGCUGCCUCAAAGGCACCUGCAAAGACAACCGACAAGGCUAAGAAGGCUACAAAGACUUCUGCCGCCGCUGCUGCCGGGGCUGAUGGUGAAAAGAAGAAGCGUCGCAAAGUCCGCAAGGAGACCUACUCCAGUUACAUUUACAAGGUGUUGAGGCAGGUGCACCCUGAUACUGGUAUCUCCAACAAGGCAAUGGCCAUCUUGAACUCUUUCGUCAACGACAUUUUCGAGCGCAUCGCAACUGAAGCAUCCAAACUCGCUGCUUACUCCAAAAAAUCGACAAUAUCUUCUCGGGAGAUCCAAACAUCUGUACGACUGAUCCUACCUGGUGAACUUGCCAAGCACGCCAUCUCAGAAGGCACCAAGAGUGUCACCAAAUUCUCAAGCUCAUCAGCAAAGUAGGCUUGUCCUUGGUUGUUCUACUGUUGUUUCGUUGGACAGCAUGCGCUGUUGUACUCUAGAUGUAUCAUUUACAUUAUUUUAAUCUACUGUUUCGAUCGGGAUCUUGCAAAAUCUGUGGACCUUCAAAUAAUGAGUGUUGAGCUCGAUCACUAGAAAGUGACCACCGAUAUACUGUAUACUUCAGUGACCAGCCGUGAUUGGUAUGAUUCACGGCUCGGGUGCUCGGAGAUGUCAUAUGAUUGAAGUAU